AUGAUAAGUAAAUUCCAAGAUAUGAAGGAACAGCAUGAUGUCGUCCUUAGCCAAAAACGACUAUGUUUACAAGAUAUCGAAAAGUUGACGUGUAGUAUAAGUGAUGAAUUAAAGCCUCAUCUUCAAGUUACCCUACAGAAGCUAAAGGUUCCUGAAGAACUUACCAUUAAUAGUGAGAACCAGUAUAUAAAAAAGAUCGCUUCAAUGACUGGAGUCAGCGAACGAACUUUAAGAGUGAUUAAAAAUGAGGGCCAAAAUAAUCAAGGAAUCUGGAGGACUCCUGGCAAACAGCGUGCAGCACGGGCCACGAAAGUUAAAAUUGACAAUUUUGACCAAUGGCGCAUUGGUCAAAAUUGUCAAUUAUUCGAAAUACAAUAA